AUGAAUCAUGAGAACGAUCUCAGAUGGAUUCCAUGCAGUCGUCCAUUGCUCACUCUUAAGUUCGGAGAUCACAGACACUUAACCACCAUCACUACUGUUGUAGCCAUUGUCGGAAACCGCCACAAGGAGAUGGAUGAGGUUGAAUUGGAGAAGAAGGAGAAGAAGGCAGUGCAGUCGAAACCGGUGUCGUUCGGAAGGCUUCUGAGCUACGCAGACACGGUGGAUUGGGUCUUGAUGGGUCUAGGGACGGUGGGCUCGGUGGUGCACGGCAUGGCACAACCAAUUGGGUACCUCUUGCUGGGCAAAGCGUUGGAGGCUUUCGGGAGCAACAUCGGUGACCAAGAAGCCACGGUCAGAGCUCUAGAGAAGGUGAUUCCAUUUGUAUGGUAUAUGGCAAUCGCUACGCUUCCUGCAGGGUUACUUGAAAUAUCAUGUUGGAUGUACACAAGCGAGAGACAAUUAGCACGGAUGAGAUUAGCUUUCAUCGAUUCGAUUCUUCACCAAGACAUCGAAGCUUUCGAUACCGAGCUCACCACCGCCAAGGUCAUAGCAUGUGUCACAAGCCACAUGAGCAUCAUACAAGACGCCAUAGGCGAGAAGUUGGGUCAUUUCAUCUCCUGUUUCUCCACUUAUUUCGCUGGAGUUGUAAUCGCCCUCGCAUGCUGCUGGGAAGUAGCGUUACUGUCGUUGAUGGUGGUGCCGAUGAUUCUCGCUAUCGGAGCUACUUACACUAAAAAGAUGAACAGUUUAUCAUCCUUGAGAACAAUGUAUUUGUCAGAAGCAACAUCUAUAGUAGAACAGACUUUAUCGCAUAUUGGAACGGUCUUUUCGUUCGUGGGAGAGAGCUCGUCGAUAAAAUCCUUCACUGAGAACAUCAGGCAGCAGUACAUCAUAAGCAAAAAGGAGGCAGGAAUUAAAGGACUGAGUUUGGGAUUGUUUCAAACUGUCACCUUCUGCUCAUGGGCUUUGGUUGUUUGGAUUGGAGCAGUCGUUGUUGUUGCGCGAAGAGCGAAUGGAGGCGAGACAUUGGCUGCAAUUAUGAGCAUUCUGUUUGGAGCAAUAUCCAUAACUCAUGCUGCACCAGACUUCCAGAUCUUUAAUGCUGCGAGAGCUACAGGAACUGAGAUAUUCCAAGUGAUCGAAAGGAAGCCAAGAAUAAGCAGUGAGAAAAAAGGAGUAACAUUGGAAAAAUUUGUUGGAGUGAUAGAGCUAGAUCGAGUGUCGUUUGCUUACCCUUCGCGACCCAAUAAGCUGAUCCUUAAAGACUUCUCACUGUGCAUGGCAGCAGGGAAAGUGUAUGCAUUGGUAGGCAGCAGCGGGUGUGGGAAAAGCACCAUCCUGUCUCUUGUUCAAAGGUUUUAUGAACCAUUGGCAGGAAAUAAAGUUGCAGGUCGGGUUUUGAUCCAUGGCCAUGAUGUCAAGGAGCUGGAUCUCAAGUUCCUCAGAAGAAAUGUAGCAGCAGUGCCACAAGAACCAGCACUAUUUUCAGGCACCAUAGAUGAUAAUUUGAGGGUUGGGAAUGCAGAAGCAACUGACGAAGAGAUCAUCAAAGCAGCAUCAGCAGCCAAUGCAGACUCAUUCAUUGCCCAACUUCCUGAAAAAUACUCAACUUGGGUUGGAGAGAGGGGAGUACAACUCUCAGGUGGACAGAAACAAAGAAUAGCAAUAGCAAGAGCCAUUCUGAAAAACUCUCCAAUUCUUCUCCUAGAUGAAGCUACAAGUGCACUUGAUUCGGAAUCAGAGAAGCUGGUUCAAGAUGCACUGGGGAGAGUCAUGCAAGGAAAAACUGUGAUUAAGAUAGCACACAGAACAUCCACAAUAACCAGUUCAGAUACAAUUGUUGUGGUUGAGAAUGGAAAAGUAGCACAAAGUGGAAGCCACAACGAGCUGCUGCAAAGCAGCAAUUUCUACAGGAACUUGUUCGCUAUGCAUAGCAUGAAGCCAGAAUUAGAAGACACAAUCUCAAGGGGAACUACUAACACUAACGAGAAACCAGAUAUCACUCAAUACAGAUCAUCUUCUCAACAGCAUGAAGUGAAUGAGAUGUUAAAGAGCCAGCCAAUCAAUGCUAAUCCAACCAAAGGAACGAAAACUACAAAAAGCAGAUCUGCUAGUUUCUCAAGAAUAUGGUAUGGGUUGAACAAAUUUGAGUUUGCAAAGGUAGCUUUGGGAUCAUUUGGAGCAGCAUUCUCUGGAAUAUCUAAACCAUUGUUUGGGUUUUACAUUAUGACAAUUGGAGUGGCAUACUACAAGGAAGAUGCAAAGUCACAAGUAGGCAAAUAUUCUAUUAUAUUCACUGUUGUUGGCUUCCUCACGUUAAUCACUCACAUAUUGCAACACUAUCACUAUGGUUUGGUUGGUGAAAAAGCAAUGGGAAAUCUCAGAGUAGCACUGUUUUCAGACUCACCUAAAUCAGAAGUUCCUUUUUCUCAAACAAGGUUCCUUUAUAUUUUUGCAGCCGUACUCCGAAAUGAAGUAGCUUGGUUUGAGAAACCUGAGAACAAUGUAGGAUUCCUUGCAAUGCAUAUUGUUAGUGACACUUCCAUGAUCAAGACCAUCAUAUCUGACAGAAUGUCUGUGAUUGUGCAAUGCAUCUCCUCAAUCCUAAUAGCAACAGUAGUGAGCAUGAAAGUGAACUGGAGGAUGGGGCUAGUAGCCUGGGCUCUAAUGCCCUGCCACUUCAUCGGUGGUCUGAUACAAGCCAAAUCUGCCAAAGGCUUCUCUGGUGACUCUGCCAUGGCUCACCGACAACUUGUCGCUCUUGCAUCAGAAUCUGUGAGCCAUAUAAGAACUGUAGCUUCUUUUGUUUACGAAGAGCAACUGCUUAAGAAAGCACAAUUUUCAUUAGAGGAGCCAAGGAGGCUUAGCAGGGUACAGAGCAUCAAGUAUGGAGUGUUUCAAGGUGUCUCACUUUGUUUAUGGAACAUUGCUCAUGCAGUUGCCUUGUGGUACACCACAAUCCUGGUCGAUAAGCAUCAAUCCAGCUUUGAGGAUGGAAUAAGAUCAUACCAAAUCUUCUCACUCACAGUUCCAUCUAUCACUGAGCUAUGGACACUGAUACCGACAGUUAUUUCUGCAAUUACCAUACUCAAACCUGCAUUUGAAAUCCUAGAUAGGAAAACAGAAAUUCCACCAGAUGUGCCAGAGACCAUAAGCUCUGAGGGAAUCACAGGCAGAAUAGACUUUGAAAGCAUCAGCUUUAGAUACCCAUCAAGACCUGAAGUGGUGGUACUAGAUAAUUUCAACUUAAGUAUCGAAACUGGAGCAUAUGUGGCACUUGUUGGGCCUAGUGGAGCCGGGAAGUCCUCAGUUUUGGCGCUGAUCUUGAGGUUCUAUGAUCCUUUCAAAGGAAGAGUUUUGGUUGACAGUAAAGACAUAAAAGAGUAUAACUUGCACUGGUUGAGACGCCAAAUAGGAUUGGUUCAACAAGAGCCACUUCUCUUCAGCUCGUCAAUCAGAGACAACAUCUUCUAUGGAAGUGAAGGUGCUUCAGAGACUGAGGUUGUGGAGGCUGCAAUGGAGGCCAACAUCCACGACUUCAUCUGCAGUUUGCCAAAUGGGUAUGACACAGUGGUGGGGGAGAAAGGAUGUCAAAUCUCUGGUGGACAAAAGCAGAGACUUGCCAUUGCAAGAACACUGCUGAAGAGGCCAGUGAUUUUGCUGUUGGAUGAAGCUACCAGUGCACUAGAUUCUGAAACUGAGAGAAUCAUCAUGCAGGCUCUUGGAUCCAGCAAGCGGAGGAGAGAUGAGGAGGCAUCAAGAAGAAUCACAAGGAUAACAGUUGCACAUAGGUUGUCUACUGUGGUCAAUUCAGAUACAAUUGUGGUGAUGGAAAACGGUAGAGUGGUUCAGAUGGGGGAUCAUUCAACUUUAGUUGCAGAUGAUAAUGGUGUUUACUCAAAGCUUUUCCAGCUUCAGAGCCAUGAUACAUAA